AUGGCCGCGGCGCUCGCGAGCUCGCCGCUUGUUCACCUAACCGCCUCCCGCCUCCGCCUCCCCAGGUCCCGGGCCUCCGCUUCGAGCUCCGCUCCAGGAUGCUCGAGUGGCGUGUGCCUGGGAUGGAGGCUGACGGUCGGGUGGAGGACCGUGAGGCGGUGUGACCGGCUUCGAUGCUUCUCCACCGACGGGGGCGGCGGGGAGGAGGGGGAGAAGCAUGGCGAGGAGGAGGCCUCGGAGGCCCCGGCCUCGGCCCCAGCGGAGACACAGGUGGGCGCCGCGGAGGAGCUGGCGUCCGAGCGGAGCCGGUCGGGGAGCUUUUCGUCCUCAUCCUCGUCGUCCGGGACUCCUGGUGUAUCAAGCGAGCCACCACUGUUGAGUUUUAGUGUUGAUAAUAUCGAUACAGUUAAACUGUUGGAACUUCUAGGCCCGGAAAAGGUUGAUCCAGUUGAUGUCAAGGCAAUUAAGGAAAAACUCUUUGGCUAUACGACAUUCUGGUUGACAAAAGAAGAACCCUUUGGUGAUCUCGGUGAAGGAGUUCUUUUCAUUGGGAAUCUCCGUGGGAAGAGGGAGGAAAUCUUUGCAAAACUUCAACGGCAACUGCGUGAACUUACUGGUGACAAAUACAAUCUUUUUAUGGUGGAGGAACCUAAUUCAGAAGGGGAUGACCCACGUGGGGGACCACGUGUUAGUUUUGGUUUGCUUAGGAAGGAAGUUUCUGAGCCUGGACCUACUACCCUAUGGCAGUAUGUCAUUUCUCUGUUACUUUUCCUUCUCACUAUGUUCUCCUGCGUUGAACUAGGAAUUGCAUCAAAGAUUAGCAGUCUUCCACCAGAAAUUGUUUCAUAUUUCACUGAUCCAAAUGCUACCGGACCCCCUCCUGAUAUGCAACUUCUGCUCCCAUUUGUGGAAUCGGCUUUGCCAGUGGCUUAUGGUGUCUUGGCUAUCCAACUAUUCCAUGAAAUUGGACACUUUUUGGCAGCAUUCCCAAAAAAUGUGAAACUAGGCAUUCCUUUCUUCAUUCCAAACUUCACCCUUGGAACUUUUGGGGCAAUUACUCAGUUCAAGUCCAUUCUUCCGGAUCGAAAGACAAUGUUUGACAUAUCAAUGGCUGGUCCUGUGGCUGGAGCUGCACUUUCCUUUUCAAUGUUCUUUGUAGGCUUAUUACUCUCUUCAAAUCCUGUUGGGGCAAGUGAUUUAGUGGAAGUACCUAGCCAACUGUUCCAGGGUUCAUUGUUGCUUGGACUUAUUAGUAGAGCUACACUUGGAUACAGUGCUAUGCAUGCUGCUACAGUUUCGAUCCACCCUCUUGUGAUUGCAGGCUGGUGUGGUUUAACUACUACUGCCUUUAAUAUGCUUCCUGUUGGAUGUCUUGAUGGUGGAAGAGCAUUACAGGGUGCUUUUGGCAAGGAAGCUUUGUUUGGAUUUGGCCUCACAACAUACUCAUUGCUUGGACUAGGAGUGCUUGGAGGACCACUAUCUCUUCCUUGGGGUUUGUACGUGCUAAUAUGUCAGAGAACACCAGAGAAACCAUGCUUGAACGACGUAAGCGAUGUUGGAAGUUGGAGGAGGGCGGCCUUGAUAGCUUCAGUGUUUCUUGUUGUUUUGACUCUCAUUCCGCUGUGGGAUGAACUCGCGGAGGAACUAGGUGUAGGGCUUGUUACUUCGUUCUGA